AGGGUUAUGAAACAACCUGCAUACUGAGAUAGAAACUGCUUUAGACCCGAUGGUCAGGGGGACCUUCACUGAAGAGAUAACCUCAAGCCAAGGUCUCAGAAUGAAAGGGAGAGUGAAGAAGAGCACGCCAGGCUGAGGGAACAGCAUGUGCAAAGGUCCCGUGGCAGCAGAGGAGGGGGCUCCCGAUCAGGGUGCAGGGGGCCCGCGGGGCUGGACUCAGAGCCUGGCGAGCAAGGGCAGUGAGGCCACGUGACAGCAGAUUUCUGGAGUGGCGCCAGGAAACUAAACCAGGGUUCUCUCCAGCACCGGGACUUUCACCUCAUUCCUUGGUCUAUGCUGUCAAAAAUGUACCAAUUUCAUUCUUUUUAUAAAAAGCUGAUCUUUAAAAGUUACUCACACCAAGAUUUGAAAAAAUAAAAAGGAAGCUUCAACUUUACAGAUACUAAAGAAAUGCACACUUUAAAAACUGGCACUGGGGCGCAUGCGCAGCCCCAUGGAGCCCGCACUUCAGGAUGUCCCGAUCUAUGGGUCCACUGGCAAAGAAGAUCUUUAAAGGAGUGUUAGUAGCUGAACUUAUGGGCGUUUUUGGAGCAUAUUUUUCGUUUAAUAAGAUGAACACAAGCCAAGAUUUCAGGCAUACAAUGAGCAAAAAAUUCCCCUUCAUCUUAGAAGUUUAUUACAAAUCCAUUGAACACUCUGGAAUGUAUGGAAUCAGAGAGCAAGAUCAAGAAAAAUGGCUGAGCAAUAAAAAUUAGGAAUUUGACCAUCAAUCAAAGUUUGAUUUCAAAGUAUUUCAAAGUAUCAGGCAAGAUUAAAAUUCUGAAAUUGACAAGGAUGUAUUUUCAAUAUUUAAGGUUAACUGUAAAUUCUAAGUCAGACAUUUUGUUCUUGGAGUAACUGUGAAGAAGUGAUGGAGGGUUUGUUUAUUGUGUUAUAACUAGUUUUGUUUACUACUUGAAAUAAAGUGGUUCUU